AUGCUUCUCCUGUGGCACAAUACCUUAUCAGCUCAAGAGCUCUUUAUCAUCGAACGACUGAUGCUCAAGAUGACCGAUACAUCGUUUCCUGACGAGAUUUCCUUGGAAUUCAAUGUGUUUGAUAAAUCGCGCGCCGAGAUUUACGGUUAUAUACUAGGGAUCCUGCAGCGAUUGAAAAUCUAUGACGCCAUGGGGAUUACUCCUUCAGAAUUCCUGGAUUUUCUCAUUGACAUUGACUAUGGUUAUCUUCCCAAUGCAUACCAUUCAUUCUUUCAUGCCGCCGAUGUAACCAUUGUACUCUAUCACCUAUUAUGUCAUUUCGAAGUUUCCUCUUAUCUAUCAGCCCACGAUAUGGCAAUUCUACUCAUUGCAGGUUUAUGCCACGAUAUUGGCCAUCCUGGAAAAAACAACAACUAUCAAGUGAAUUUACAGACGGAACUCGCUGUACGAUAUGAAAACAAAUCCGUCUUGGAAAGCUAUUCGUGUACCCUAACGAUGGACUUAUUGACAAAACACAAACUCCUGCGGCACGUGGAAAAGGCAAGUGCGGCAAUGGGUACUCCUUGGACGGAGCCUGAAAUACGGUCGUCGAUCAUCAAGAUGAUUCUCGCGACCGACAUGAUAUUCCACUACGAGUUGCAGGAAAAUUUAACUGCAGUGCUUGACCUGGUGACCAAAACAGAAGAACGAUACACCGAAAAGGAACCACGCCAGUUGAGCAACCUACAUGAUCAUCCGAUUUUCCUUGCGGAACAACCGCCCAAUCCGAACGAUCCACGAUCCGAUACUGAAAGUGAUACAUCGUUUGAUGAUACAGUCAAUGACGAUACUCUAGCAAGGAUUACCACACCCGUUACCCCUCCAGCAGAAGAGGUCAAUGAUAUGACCCAUUCUCCUGCUUCCAUCGUACUGGAUCAGGAGCAGCGGGAUAUGUUGUGUCAAGUCCUGAUUCAUGCGGCCGAUAUCAGCAAUGCAGUAAGAUCAUGGCCGAUAUGCCAAGCAUGGUCCAACCUUGUAUGCGAGGAAUUUUUUCGUCAAGGGGAAGCAGAAAAAGAACAUGGAUUGCCAGUAUCACCCAACAUGGACCGUGACCAAAUCAGCCAAAGUACCAUCAGCCUUCAAUUUGGUGACUUUGUUGUUUAUCCAUAUUUCGAACUUAUUGCCGCUCUUUUUCCUAAAGCAGACGACCUACUACGGAACCUUGCCGAAAACAGAAAAGAGUGGCUGAAGCUAGAAGAAGAAGCGUUAGCCAGUACCGACGAAGACGAAGAUCUUGGCACCGUGACCUCGGAUGAACGAAGCCAAGAAGGCUGGGGACCACUGCCUUCCAAUAUUUUGCCAGAUCGACCUAUUGUGAAUCCUUCCGGUCGUCGCGUCAGUGUGGCCGCUGGUAUGGUGGUCAUUCCUGAAGAGUUGGAGAAACGGACCGUGGGUUACGGGCGAUUAAAACGCACGUAUUGGGGUGUGCGUAGCGUGAGCGUGGAUGAUCCAGUGGGUCGACCUCUGAAAGAAGAACAACAACGACGAAAGAGUGCAGAACCAAGUGUCAUGCUAAGAAAACUACAAUUAUCAUCGUUACCCCAUCGACCGACCAAACCUGUUAAACGAUCGUACUCUACUGCGCCAGAGAUGUUCUUUAUACAAUAG